AUGAUAAAAAAUCUGUCACAAAAGUAUGCAAAUAUCGCACAAGAGUCCAUUAAUCUGUUCAAGGCUGGAUGCAUUGAGUGUCAGAAGAAAAAGAGACGACCUACCACUAAAGGGACAGUUGUACGACCAAUCCUGGCCAAAGAAUUCGGAACACGAGGCCAAGUUGAUCUCACUGAUAUGCAAUCAAUGAAGGGGCGAUUUUCUUGGAUUAUGGUGUACCAAGACCAUUUGACAAAAUUCAUUGUUCUUCGACCCCUUACAUCAAAGCGUGCAGCAGAGGAAGCCUAUCAACCUUUGGACAUUUUUCUGUUGUUCGAUGCUUCUCAAAUUUUGCAAAGUGACAAUGGGUCAGAAUUUACUGUUCAAGUCAUCGAAGAAUAG